AGAAAUAUAUUUUUUAUUUGAAACCUGUGAACUACAAUCAUGGACUGGCGGAGUGCGAAGAUAAUUUUAGCAUCAACAGCUACGGUUGUUGUUGCCACGCAAGUAGCUAAAAGUCUAUACAAAUAUUUUUUUAAUCGCAAAAAACCCGAUCCUAGUGAAGACCCGUGCAGUGAAAUUUUAAAUUUUAAGAACAGAGAUAUUAACGACGUGAUAUUAUUUUCCGAUGAUGUUGUUCGUCAUACUAUAAGAGUGCCACCGAAUCAAGAUGUAACGAUAUGCGAAAGUCGAGAGUUGAACUGCUUUAAACUAAUAAAAUACAUAAAGUCAGCACGUGAGACAUUGGACGUUUGCAUGUAUUUAAUUACUAGCAGUGAAAUAGCAGAACAUAUCAUAAGGUUGGGACAGAAACACGUAUUAGUGAGGAUUGUAGUUGACAGUGACACGGCCAACACCCCACCUUCACAAAUCAAAAAGUUGAAAGAAUUUAGUUUUAUUCAUGUGCAGACAAACAAGAAGUCCAUUCUCAUGCAUCACAAGUUUUGCAUCGUUGACGGGCCUAAAGCCAUCAAGCGUAAGAACAUUUUAAAAGCUCACGCUGAAAAAUUGAACUUGCACGCGCUGUUCACGAAACCUAAUCUGAAGUAUCAACCAAAACCUAAACCAGUUAGAGGUUUUGUAAUGUCUGGCUCAUUGAAUUGGUCCACUCAGGCUAUGGUUUCGAACCAUGAAAGCGUUAUUGUUACUUCAAACGCCAAUAUACUUAGCAAAUUCGAAAAAGAGUUCGAUAGCUUGUGGGUGGAGAAUGAGCCGGCUUUGACAAAUUUGGAAUGACGAAUUUUAACCUAGCGACUCUGUAAUUAUGUUAAGAUAUCAACCACACAACAUUCAUGCACUAAAGCGAGUUAAAAAGUGCUUUUUAAAUCUCAACAAGCCUUUUAUUACCGAUUAGAAGCCUAAUAAGGGCCAUAAUCGAUAUUUUGAUGUAGAAAACGCGUGUAAAAUAAAUGUUAGGUUGAGUACUUGUGUGUACUUUGGUUAUUUUUUCUUGGUGCUUUCGCAAUGGAUUUUGCCUCAGGAAUAAGGGGCAGAAUGGAUGAAGUGAUAGUGAUAAAUCAAAUAAUAAUGAUGCAACACCACAUGUGCAAGUGUUCUAGUGUUAAAAUAAAUGAUUUAGUGGCCAAUGGUGCAAGUAAAAUUUUAAACAUGAAAAAAUAAAAGAUGUAGAUGUUGGCAAAGGAGUGUUUUUAAAGUGUUCAUUGGAUGCAGUGUUAUUACCAAACAGCGCUAGAUGGCGCAGUUGGAAUCGUCGCUGAGCAGGGGACGCUAAAGUUCCGCUACUCGACAGCAGAUG